UUACCCACAAUUCUUUGCGCCGUGAAAACAAUCAAACAAGCCACUACGGUGCAGAAGUCUCUUCGCUCUCUUUUGUUUCGUCCGUGGAAAAAAAACGUUAACUGUUUUAACAUUAAACAUCUGUGUCAACUGGAUCAGGAAACACCGGAAGUGUGCGUCAGCUCCUGUCUCCUGUCUCCGGAACCAAACAUGGCUCAUCUCCCAGCCCUUUUCAAGUAUGUGGACGAACACCAGGAUCUGUACGUGCAGCGUCUCGCCGACUGGGUUGGAGUGCAGAGUGUGUCGGCUUGGCCGGAGAAGCGCGGCGAGAUCAAGAAGAUGAUGGAGAUGGCGGCCAAGGACAUUGAGAAGCUGGGAGGAACGGUGGAGAUGGUGGACAUCGGCAAACAGACGCUUCCCUCUGGGGAGGAGAUCCCCCUGCCACCAAUCAUCCUGGGACAUUUGGGCUCAGACCCGGGCAAGAAGACCGUGUGUAUCUACGGCCACCUCGAUGUCCAGCCCGCUCACAUUGAUGAUGGCUGGGACACGGAGCCGUUCACUCUGGUGGAGAAAGACGGGAAGCUCUAUGGAAGAGGUUCCACUGAUGACAAGGGCCCAGUGUUGGCCUGGUUCAACUGCAUUGAGGCCCAUCAGAAGAUGCAGCAGGAUCUUCCCAUCAACAUCAAAUUCUGCUUCGAGGGGAUGGAGGAGUCUGGAUCGGAAGGCCUGGAUGAACUGGUGUUCUCACGAAAAGACACCUUCUUAAAGGACGUGGACUAUGUCUGCAUCUCUGACAACUAUUGGCUCGGCAAGACCAAACCCUGCAUCACUUACGGCCUGAGAGGAAUCUGCUACUUCUUCAUCGAGGUGCAUUGCGGCGACAAGGACCUCCACUCAGGGGUGUUUGGUGGCUCUGUGCAUGAAGCCAUGACCGACCUGAUUGCACUUAUGGGAACCCUCUUGGACAAUAAAGGGAACAUUUUGGUUCCCGGGAUAAGCGAUGACGUGGCCCCUCUGACGGAUGACGAGAAAAAGCUGUACGAGAAGAUUGACUUUGACUUGGAUGAAUACAGCAAAGACGUCGGCGUGCGAAAGCUGCUGCAUAAGAGCAAGGAGGAAAUCCUGAUGCACCGCUGGAGGUAUCCGUCUCUGUCUCUUCACGGCAUCGAGGGAGCUUUCUCCGAAACGGGAGCCAAGACUGUUAUCCCCCGCAAGGUCAUCGGCAAGUUCUCCAUCCGCCUCGUCCCCGACAUGGACCCCAAAGUGGUGGAGAAGCAGGUUAUCGAUCAUCUGCAGAAGAAGUUUGCUGAGCUUGGAAGCCCCAACAAACUGAAAGUGCACAUGGGCCACGGAGCCAAAGCCUGGGUCUCUGACUUCAACCACCCACACUACAUGGCAGGGCGGAAGGCCAUGAAAACAGUCUUUGGGGUGGAGCCUGACCUGACUCGUGAGGGUGGAAGCAUCCCCGUUACCCUGACCUUCCAGGAGGCCACAGGACGUAACGUCAUGCUGCUCCCCCUUGGAUCCUCCGAUGAUGGCGCUCACUCACAGAAUGAAAAGCUCAACAGAACCAACUACAUCCAGGGGAUCAAGAUGCUCAGUGCAUACUUCCACGAGGUCUCCCUGCUGGAAUGAAGGGGUGUCACAUUAUGUAAAAUAUGUCCAUCCUCACGAUUAGAAUUAUAGCUUGUGUGGUAAGAUUUGCCCUGCAGCAGUUUUAUACACCCUCCCCAUGAUAAUAAAAUGGUUUUUCUUUGUUAA